CGGCGGGGCGCACCGUCGGGGCGGGCGGGUGCUGUCGCCUCGCCGACACCGCGGCAGCAGCGCGGCGCGCCGGGCGUCCCUCGGGCGUGGGGAGCGGGCGGCCGCGCUGACAGCGCUGCGCCAUGGCUGUCGCCUACCUGCUGGGCAACGGGUCCGCGCCGCUCCUGGCCGGCGCCCUGGAGGUCCCGUUCGCCGCCAACGCCUCCGCCUGCCGCCCGCCCGGGCCGCCCUGCCCGGCCUGGGGCAACGCCUCGGCGGCGCUGGGCUGGAACCGCUCCGAGCCCUGCGGCGGCGGCAAUGGCAGCGCCGGCGGCGGCGGGCCCUGCGCGCCCACGGGCGGCGGCCCCUCCGUGGUUACCGCCAUCGCCAUCAUGGCCCUCUACUCCGUGGUCUGCGUCGUGGGGCUCUUCGGCAACUUCUUGGUCAUGUAUGUCAUCGUCAGGUACACAAAAAUGAAGACUGCCACCAACAUCUAUAUUUUCAAUCUUGCAUUGGCAGAUGCCCUAGCAACAAGUACUCUGCCAUUCCAGAGUGUGAAUUACCUGAUGGGAACCUGGCCAUUUGGUACCAUCCUUUGUAAGAUUGUUAUAUCCAUAGACUACUACAAUAUGUUCACCAGUAUCUUCACACUCUGCACCAUGAGUGUGGAUCGCUAUGUGGCUGUUUGCCACCCCGUUAAGGCCCUUGAUUUCCGUACCCCCCGAAAUGCCAAAAUUGUCAAUGUCUGCAACUGGAUUCUUUCCUCUGCCAUUGGCCUGCCAGUUAUGUUCAUGGCAACUACUAAAUACAGGCAUGGCUCAAUUGACUGCACACUUACAUUCUCCCACCCUGCUUGGUACUGGGAGAACCUCCUGAAAAUCUGUGUAUUUAUCUUUGCUUUCAUCAUGCCGGUCCUGAUCAUUACGGUGUGUUACGGGCUGAUGAUUUUACGCCUGAAGAGCGUUCGCAUGUUAUCUGGCUCCAAAGAGAAGGACAGGAACCUGCGGAGGAUCACAAGGAUGGUUCUUGUAGUGGUGGCAGUGUUUAUUGUCUGCUGGACUCCCAUCCACAUUUAUGUUAUCAUUAAAGCCCUGGUCAACAUCCCAGAAACUACUUUCCAGACUGUCUCCUGGCACUUCUGUAUUGCUCUAGGGUAUACAAAUAGCUGCCUUAAUCCAGUCCUUUAUGCAUUUCUAGAUGAGAAUUUCAAAAGGUGUUUCAGAGAGUUCUGCAUCCCCACUUCCUCAACCAUUGAGCAGCAAAACUCCACCCGAGUCCGACAAAACACUCGUGACCAUGCUUCCACUGCCAACACUGUGGAUAGGACUAACCACCAGUUGGAACUUCAAGAAGCUGAAACUACUCCACUGCCGUGACAGGGUCUCCUGCUGCAUGGCUCUCGGAGCAGUUGCCACUGCCACAGUGUGCUAGUGGGAAUAUGUAGGAUAUGCUUUCCCUCAAAAAAAUACCACAGAGGAAAGUGCCUGCUUUUCCAGUCUGUCAGAAAUUGCUUCUGCAGCACAUCUGCAUUGCACUUAACAGAAGCAUGAAAUGUAACAGCGAGCAGAGCCAGGAGACACGGGGGUCUUCCAGGCUCCAAUGUUCACAGCAGUCCUGUUUACCAGGAGCACGUACAGUAGUCUAAAGCAAAGCUACUGUGCCUGUAGCAGCUUGACAUGCUCUUGGUAAGUUACAGUGGUGUUAAAGGAGGUUGGAAACAAAACUUCAAAGGCUAGACAACUGUAGUUUGAAAAAUAAGCUGAGCUUUUGAGGAUGGAAAAUAAUGGUAUAUGAAGUUGUUAUACGUUGGAUACACUCUAUUUACUCUUAAAGUUUAUUUGUAGAGGUGUUUUCUGUGCAGGUUAGUUACGUGCUGAAGUCUCACAAGGUCACAUAGAACAACACAUUUGUAGUUCAAGAGAUCUUCUGCAAGGGUUGCAUGUUCUGCAG